AUGACCCUGAAUGGGACGACUGCUGAUCUCAGGUCCUCCGGGAUAUCAGCUGAGAUUUCAAAAGACAAAAGCAGCAAACACUGACUCAUGGAGCAGAAGGUGUCUUUAGUUAAUGCAGUUCUGAAUAACUCUAUGGAUUGCAAUGGUAGUGAAGACAGAAACAGGUCAGACCCUUUGACCUCUGAGCAUGUCCAGAAGAACUGGGUGGCACUUUUGAUUUCUCUGGUCAUAAUCAUCACGGUGACGGGUAACAUCCUGGUCAUCAUGGCGGUGAGCUUGGAGAGGAAGUUACAGAAUGCCACUAAUUACUUCUUGAGGUCUUUAGCAAUUACAGACAUGCUUUUGGGUAUCCUUGUAAUGCCAGUAGCCAUGGUGACAAUCCUCUAUGGUUACACCUGGCCCCUUCCCUGGGCCCUAUGUCCGAUCUGGAUCUACCUGGAUGUUCUCUUCUCCACCGCCUCCAUCAUGCACCUGUGUGCCAUCUCUCUGGACCGAUACAUCGCCAUCCGUAAUCCCAUCCAUCACAGCCGCUCGAACUCUCUAACCAGAGCCCGUGUCAAAAUUAUAGCAGCCUGGACCAUCUCUGUGGUUAUCUCCAUGCCUGUCCCAGUCCUUGGCCUGCACGAUCACACCAAAGUCUUCCGGAAUGAAAGCUGCCAACUGACGGACAACAAUUUCGUUCUGAUUGGCUCUUUUGUGGCGUUCUUCAUCCCACUCAUCAUCAUGGUCGUAACCUACAUUCUCACCAUCAGUGCUCUUCAAAGCGAAGCGACUUUGUGCCUGGACCAACUCAUCGUGCGGCCAAAAUGGUCGUCCACUAUUGGACUCCUCCCACGAGGUUCGGUGUCCUCCGAGCGUCUCUUCUCGCGUUCAUCUCUCUGCCGCGACGGGGCUUCCAGAGGAUCGGGCCGGCGCUCCAUGCAGUCCAUCAGCAACGAGCAGAAGGCGUCUAAAGUGCUCGGCGUGGUCUUCCUUCUCUUUGUGAUCAUGUGGUGUCCAUUUUUCGUGACUAAUGUGAUGGCGGUGGUGUGCGGUUCGGCGUGUGACGAAGAUUUGGUGGGGGGACUGAUGAAUGUAUUUGUUUGGGUGGGUUAUUUAUCAUCAGCAGUCAACCCUUUUAUCUACACGCUCUUCAAUAAGACUUACCGUGCUGCUUUCGCCCGGUACAUGCGUUGCCGCUACCGCGAGGAGAGGAGGCCUCUGCAGCUGAUACUGGUCAACACCAUCCCUCCUCUGGCGUACAGCUCCUCUGGGCUUCCCCUGAAGGUGGAGAACUCAUUAAAGAGGAGGGCAGAGGGCAGCCGGUCUGGGAGCUUCUCCAACACAGACAGGUCAAACUCUGGAAAAACACAAAACAAGCACGAAAGGGAAGAGGUAGUAAGCCAUUUGUGAGACUCCAGAGGGUUUUUAAUUAUGGUUCACAUCAACAGACCUUAGAGACUGUCUCUUUGUAGAUGAAAAAACUUGAAAAAUGAAGUCUUUUAUUUUAAUAUGUGUCCACCUGUGCAGCACAGCACAGUCAGCAGAUCAUACUACCUACGGCUCACAGCCAAAAGAGGAGACAGAUGCUUUAAAUUGGGCGAACAGCAAUAAGGUUUUACAACUCUCUUUGUGGGACUCAAAUCACAACUUUAUGUUUAUUUUGUACAAUACAUGCUGUAGAUGAUUACUUUACACUAAUAUCUCAUGAAAAAUAGGAAGAACCACUUUAUGAAUUAGAGGGAUACUCUCAUCAUUUCCUUACCCUUGUGCCAUCCCAAAUGUAUACGACUUUCUUUCUUCUGUGGAACACAAACAGAGAUUUUUAGAAAAAUAAAUUCUGAGUUCAUAUAAUGCAAGUGAAUAGGUCCCUCAAAGUUGACGCUUCAAAAAUCACGCAAAAAAAAACAAACACAAUGGUUAAUUCAUACAAACUCAGUUGAUGAAUCUUUUUAAAUUUUAAACAGUUGUCGGCAUGCUGUGAACAUUAGCACGUUGUGAGACUCACACAGAAGUGACAGUCCUCAGUGCUUCCACAUCACUUUUUGUGUGAGUUUCGCAACUCACUCACAUAAUGCUUACAUAAGGUGUGAACACAUAUUUGCCAGAAGCGAUGGUUUAUAGUUUAAGAAGUUUAACAUAUUAGCAUUUUUCUCAGACACACCACUCAUCAUUCAUCCACUGAUUACCGCUGAGGGUCCUGUCCACUUGCAUAUGGUCUCACAGAGAUGUUUGUUUGUUUUUUUGCUAAAAAUCUCUGUUUGAGUUCAUCUGACUAAAGAAAGUCAUACAUCUGGAAUGCUAUGAUGUAUGGUGACUAAAUGAUGACAGAAG